CUUCUGUCUACACUUUGUUUUUCUCAUUCCUGCAAAACCAAAAAAAUCUCUCUAUUUUUCCUUUUUCCUUUUUCUUUUUUAAAUUAAAGAAGUUUCAUUCUUUACAUGUAGCUGACCUUUCAGCUCUUCGAUAUUGGAACAGCUCAUAGGAGGAGAUGGCGUCUUCUUCACAUAAUGUGGAGUUAGAGGCGGCAAAGUUUCUGCAUAAGCUCAUACAAGAUUCUACAGAUGAGCCUUCAAAGCUGGCAACAAAACUUUACGUGAUAUUGCAACACAUGAAAUCUAGUGGGAAGGAACAUUCAAUGCCAUUUCAAGUAAUAUCAAGGGCAAUGGAGACUGUUAUCAAACGACAUGGUCUUGACCUUGAGGCUUUGAAAUCAUCACGGCUUCCUGGGUCACAAAUAGUGGAUUCUACAUCUGGGCAAUAUGUUGGAUCCUCUCAGGCUGUUUCAGUUCCAAAAGAUUCUAAAGCAGGAGCAGCCCAAAACGAGAUACCUAAAUUUGAUCCUUUUUCAUCCAGCAGGCCGCCUGUUGGCCCAAGCAUUGCUGGACAUGAGUAUUAUCAAGGAGCUGCAACUCAUAGGGGUAGUCAGUCUUUUGAUCAUGGAAGCCCCUCAAGUUUGGACACCAGGUCUGCUAACUCACAAUCACAAGACAAACAAAUGAAUCAAAAUGAUAGCAAGAAGGGUGCAGCUAAAAGAAAGAGGGGUGAUUCAUCAUCUCCAUUGGAACCAAAUUUUGAUGAAUCUCUUAACGCUGUCGUUGAUCCUAGGAAAGGGAAGAUGAAUAAGGCUGAAACAUCUGGCCCUGCUAACUACAACAUGGUCCCAAGUAGUGGUCAAAUGGAGCAUUUUCCAUCCUUGCCUGGAAAUAUGAGAUCAAUGCAUAGAGGAAGACAGGAUGGUCAAAAUGUAACAGAAAACCUGGUAGAUUCGACAAACAUUAGCAAUAUGAUGUCACGUGGUCCUAGUUCAAAGUAUCCUGAAGAGGUGGAAGUUUCUUCUGCUCAAAAUGUUCCAAGACAGCAGCAAGGUGGACUACCUGGUGCACAUGAAAUUUUUUCUUCCAGGGGUAAGGCUGGGUUACCCUUUGACAGAUCUCAACUUCACAGGUUUUCUCCAAAUGUUUCUGGCAACAUAACAGCAGAAAUUGCAUCUCAGCAGUUGAUGCAUGCAUCUCUUAUGCCAGGUUCUUUUGGGAAGGUUCAAGGAGGAUUGUCUGCCCCAUCUAACUAUCAUGCAGGAGAAUUAGCAUAUUCAGGUUCAGGCCAAUUUAGUGGUUCUGAGAAUCAGAAGCAUGGGUUAUCCAAAAGUUCUGUAGCAAGUCCUGAUGGGUCGUCUUCAACACUUUCUGCUGGAAAAGUUUUGGAACAUGAUGGAGGCAGUUCAAAUAUGUUAGGAGAUGUAAAUAAGAUAGCUCAGGCUGGCAGACAAAAUAGUGCCUCAGAAAUGAUUAUGCUUAGGGCCAUGGCUCCAAGAGACACGGGAAAGUCUCCUGUCUCUCAAUCUGCUGCACUAUCUAGCAUGCCCUUCAAGGAACACCAGUUGAAACAGCUUAGAGCCCAGUGCCUUGUUUUUCUAGCUUUCAGAAACGGUUUGAUGCCAAAGAAGCUGCAUCUUGAAAUUGCGCUUGGAAACAUAUUUCCUAGAGAAGUUGGCAAUACAGAUGGCGUUCGCAAAGAGUUGAAUGACCAUAGAGGCAAAGCACAGACUUCUAGUGACCCAGGUAGCAUAUCUGAAGUUGCAAUGUCAUUUGGAAGGAUGAAUAAUGUACCUCCAGCUUUGACAUCUAUUGGAAGAUUUCCAGAGGCUGAUUCCUUGUCAAAAGAAGCAGAAAAAUUAAAAGUGGAGGAGACUAAUGGCCCAACUUCUGAUCUUUUGGCAAUUGUGGAGGAAAGGGAACAUAUUCUAGCUACAAGGAAGGCAGAGGCUGAUCUUCAGAGCCACGAGGCAGUGGAACCACAGGCAUACUUACCUACAAUGUCACGACAGCCUGAGUCUGCCACCACAAAGGAUGGUUUUACUGUUCAUAACAAUUUGGAUGGCAUGGAGAAUGGCCAUUUGCAAGUUGCAAAGGCUGAUCUAGCCUCAUCUAUGAUGGGUGCUAAUAAACAGGUGAACCCUGAAAUGAUAGGCUGGUCUGGAAUUGGCUUUCAUAAUGAGGUUUCCAGGGCAUCUUUGCCAGCUGCUGCUAUUCAGCAUGAUUUGGUGCUAGAAAGAAAAGAUACUGGUCCUCUGUUUCAAAGUCUUGAGCAAGAUGAGGAUAAAUCCGUGUCAACUGAUUCAUUGCCAUCUCCAAAGUAUACAAUGUUGGAGAAAUGGAUUAUGGAUCAGCAGAAACGGAAGUUCUUAGCUGAGCAGAAGUGGGUUGCAAAACAGCAAGAAACAAGGCAAAGAAUUAUUACUUGUUUCACGAAAUUAAAGGGAAAUGUGAGCUCAUCUGAAGAUAUAUCUGCAAAAACCAAAAGUGUAAUAGAGUUGAAGAAACUCCAAUUAUUGGAGCUUCAACGUCGCCUAAGGAGUGAUUUUCUGAACGACUUUUUUAAACCCAUUACAAAUGAUAUGGAACGCCUGAAAUCAUACAAGAAACAUAGACAUGGUAGAAGGAUAAAACAACUCGAGAAAUAUGAGCAGAGAAUGAAAGAAGAGCGACAAAAGAGAAUACGUGAGAGGCAGAAGGAGUUUUUCAGUGAGAUAGAAGUUCACAAGGAGAGGCUGGAUGAUGUGUUUAAAGUUAGAAGAGAACGUUGGAAAGGUAUCAAUAGAUAUGUGAAGGAGUUCCAUAAGAGAAAGGAGCGUAUACAUCGUGAGAAGAUUGACAGGAUUCAGCGUGAGAAGAUUAACCUACUCAAAAUCAAUGAUGUAGAGGGUUAUUUGCGAAUGGUUCAGGAUGCUAAAUCAGAUCGUGUUAAGCAACUAUUGAAAGAAACUGAGAAGUAUCUUCAAAAGCUUGGAUCCAAGUUAAGGGAUGCAAAGGCUAUGGCAAGCCGCUUUGAGAAUAAUAUGGAUGAGAUUCGAACUACAAGUUUUGAUGAAAAUGACACUGCUAUUGAGAGUGAAGAUGAGGCAAAGCAUUACAUGGAAAGCAAUGAAAAGUACUACCUGAUGGCUCAUAGCAUAAAAGAAAACAUCAGUGAGCAACCAAGAUUUCUUAAGGGUGGGAAAUUAAGAGAGUAUCAGAUGAAUGGCCUUAGGUGGCUGGUUUCACUCUACAAUAAUCAUCUGAAUGGCAUUCUUGCUGAUGAAAUGGGCCUUGGGAAAACUGUUCAGGUUAUUUCUCUUAUUUGUUACCUAAUGGAAACCAAAAAUGAUAGAGGACCAUUUUUAGUGGUUGUACCAUCUUCAGUUCUGCCUGGAUGGGAAUCGGAAAUCAAUUUCUGGGCUCCUGAAAUACACAGUAUUGUUUAUGCUGGACCUCCGGAGGAGAGGCGUAGAUUAUUCAAGGAGAGGAUUGUACACCAGAAAUUUAACAUUCUCUUGACAACGUAUGAGUAUCUAAUGAACAAGCAUGAUAGACCAAAGUUGAGCAAAAUUUACUGGCACUAUAUUAUAAUUGAUGAAGGUCACCGGAUAAAAAAUGCUUCUUGCAAGUUGAAUGCAGACUUAAAGCACUAUCAGAGCUCCCAUAGAUUGCUGUUGACUGGAACUCCACUACAGAACAAUCUUGAGGAGUUGUGGGCAUUGCUCAAUUUCUUAUUGCCUAAUAUAUUUAACUCAUCAGAGGAUUUUUCUCAGUGGUUCAACAAGCCAUUUGAGAGUAAUGGGGAUAAUUCUGCUGAUGAAGCCCUACUAUCUGAGGAGGAAAAUUUGUUGAUCAUAAACCGUCUCCACCAAGUUCUUCGUCCUUUUGUACUUCGAAGGCUGAAGCAUAAGGUUGAAAAUCAACUUCCUGAGAAGAUUGAGAGGCUUGUAAGAUGCGAAGCAUCUGCUUAUCAAAAACUUUUGAUGAAGAGGGUUGAAGAAAAUCUUGGUGCAAUUGGAAAUUCAAAGGCUCGAUCCGUACACAACUCUGUUAUGGAGCUUCGUAAUAUAUGCAAUCAUCCAUAUCUCAGCCAGCUUCAUGUUGAGGAGGUUGAUAAUUUAAUACCACAGCAUUAUUUGCCACCAAUUAUUAGGCUUUGUGGCAAGCUUGAGAUGUUAGAUCGAAUACUCCCCAAGUUGAAGGCAACUGAUCAUCGGGUUCUCUUCUUUUCCACUAUGACCAGGCUACUAGAUGUUAUGGAAGACUAUCUCACCUUUAAACAGUAUCGCUACCUUCGGUUGGAUGGGCAUACAUCAGGGAAUGAUCGUGGUGCACUUAUUGAAAAGUUUAAUCAACAAGGUUCCACAUUUUUCAUAUUUUUGCUCAGUAUUCGAGCUGGUGGUGUUGGAGUCAAUCUUCAAGCUGCUGAUACUGUGAUAAUAUUCGAUACUGACUGGAAUCCUCAGGUUGACCUGCAAGCGCAAGCAAGAGCUCAUAGGAUUGGCCAGAAGAAGGAUGUACUUGUUUUAAGAUUUGAAACAGUUCAAACAGUUGAAGAACAAGUCAGAGCUGCUGCUGAACACAAAUUGGGAGUUGCUAAUCAGAGUAUCACUGCCGGCUUCUUUGACAAUAAUACAAGUGCUGAAGACCGUAGGGAGUACUUAGAGUCCCUCCUGCGAGAGUGCAAGAAAGAGGAAGCUGCCCCAGCGUUACAUGAUGAUGCUUUAAAUGACUUGUUGGCCCGCAGUGAAUCUGAGAUUGAUGUAUUUGAAUCAGUUGAUAAACAAAGGCAGGAAGAAGAGACGGCAAAGUGGAAGAAGUUGGUAUUUGGAUCAGGGAUGGAUGGCUCCAAGCCUUUACCCCCUUUACCAUCCCGCCUUGUUACAGAUGAUGACUUAAAAGAUUUUUAUGAAGCAAUGAAACUGUAUGAUAUACAAAAGUCUGGGGCACAGCCUAAUGUUGGGGUAAAGCGGAAGGGUGAAUCUCUUGGUGCUCUUGAUACUCAGCACUAUGGGAGGGGCAAACGAGCUAGAGAGGUGCGUUCAUAUGAAGAGCAAUGGACAGAAGAGGAGUUUGAAAAAAUGUGUCAAGUUGACUCACCUGGAUCCUCAGGAUUAAGGGAAGAAGCUGUUGAGAGGAACCUGGCAAAAAAUGCUUUGGCGGGGACUGUUAAUAGCACCGAACCUCAUGCUCCGGCUCAUGCCCCAGCCCCUGCUCCAGCUCUGACUCCGCCACUGCCACAACCAGUUCAGGUGGAGCUUGCACAUCAGCCACAGCAGCAGAGCAAAGAUGUAACACCACCAUCUAAAAGGGGCCGUGGAAGGCCAAGAAGAGCAACUGCUGAGAAAUCUCCCAAUACACCAGUGUUUCCAGCACCUUAUGGAACCGGUAAAUUGGAUGUUGGAUUACAGAAAGCAGCAGAUGAUAGCUCAUCAGCAUUUCCUGCUCCGGAUUCUCACAGUAGUACUGGAGUUUCUCUGAACUUGCCACCAAGUGCACCCUCUGUUUCUGCCAUUCCUGAUGACUCUACCCCACCUGGAUUCUCUCCACCAGUAGAAUCAAAAGGACAAGGUCGAAGGGCUCAAAGUGGAGGACAGGCACCUAGUCGAAGGGGAAAGAAACAAGAGCCAGCAUUGGGCCCUGCCGUUGAGGCAUUAGUUGGUCCUGUUCCAGAAACAAAUGAUCAAUCUCUGAUUAAAUCAGUCAUUCCACCAGAUAGUAUAGCUGUUGCUACAAGUGGAACUGUUCCUGGUGUAUCAAGUGCUCCCAUGGCCGUGGGUACCAAUCCUGUGCCUAUUUCUGCUGGUAUGGAUUGUACUACGGGAACCAAUCAUCCAUCUGAUGUGGGGUUUAGUUUGAACUCUCAGACACUUAAUACUUCCUCAGGUGCCCCAAUUGCUCAAUCAACUCUUCCUUGCCCUACCGUACCUGUGCAAGUGAAAGGCCAGGGCCGUAAGGCUCAGAGUGGGGUAGGAACACCUCGGCGUAGGGGAAAGAAACAGGCACAAAUAUCAGCUGCUCCUCUAGAUGCUUCUGCUGGCCAGGAUUCAAAAUUGAAUCCUCAAGCUCAGGAUAAGUCUACGGUGGCAUUACCAAAUAAAGUCAUUGUGAUGGGAGGAAAUCAAGUAAAUGAUGCUUGUGAUCCAACAAAAGUUACCCAAGAGCAUGGACUGGUAACUAAUGCUGUCAUAACUGGUCAGGAUAAACAUUCUUCUGAACAUGAUAAUUUACCCCAAAGCAAGAAACCAGAAGUCUCACAGGAAGUGCACAAUAGUACAGCCUUAAUCCUUGGCCCUGCUCUGGGAAAAAUUCAAAAAGAUGAUGUGCAUGAGAAGGCUUCCAUGAUUUCAGGGGUUUCAUCUGAAUGCAGCUCUCAGAAAGCUACAUCUAGCGAAGUAUGUGGUAACCUAGGUGGUGCAGUGGCUGUGACUCCUGGUCAGACCUCAGUUGAAGUGGUAAAGAAUCAAAAUUCUGAAGAUAGAGUGCAUUCAACAUUUUCAAUUGGGAAACCUGUAUCUUUAGUUUCUGUUGCUACAACAGAUUCUUUGCAUACAUCAACUCCCUUAGCAGGUGCCAAUAAAACCAUCCCAAGUUCUAGUGAAAAGAUUGCUCCCAGCUCUGAGCCUUAUCCAACUUGUGCUCUUGCUGCUUCUGAACCUCAUUCUGUCCCUGCUUGUCCUGCUGAAUCUGUUCAAAGUAGAAGGCCCAGUCGUAAGGCCACAAACAGGGCAGAAGCACCUAGGCGCAGAGGAAGGAAACCUGCAACUCCUGAUGCUUCAUCUGGCCAGGACUUGAAAGUAAAUUCUCAGCCCCUGAAUAUAUCAAAGGAUUUAUUGGUCAAUAAAACUACUGCAGGGAAUAACAAUCAAGAUUCUGGCCCUCAUGAACUGGUCAAUGUCACUCAGGUACAUGCAUCUGAAAUCCAUUCUCCUGGUGCUUCAGUUGGUCAUGAUUUGAAGAGAAAAGUGACUGGUGCAAUUCCAGCAUUUAGUCGAAUUCCAACUGCUGAUGUGAAUGAUGUUGCCCGAGUGAUGAAGGAGAUUUUCUCUGAAACCUGCUCAUCAAAAACUAAAAUUGGUGAACCUGCUGGGAGUGAGGGCAAAAAUACUCCUACUGCAAGUAAGACAUUUGAGGAGGUAGUGAAGAACCAAAGUUUAGAUGGUAAACCAGCUGUCAGCACACCAGCUCCUGUAAAAACUGCUCCAGCUUGUGAUGUUCCAAAAGAAAAAAGUAAAAAGCAUUCUGAAACUGAAGCUGAUACAAAAGAACUAGAGGACAAUGCAUCUCUUGUGAUCAAGGUCCCUGUUCUUGAGAGAGCUAAUUCUUUGAAGCCUGAAUGCAAGACCCACAGUGGCUCAGACAACGUUGCAAAAUCAAUACAGAUUUCAAAUGAAAAUUUAGUUACAGAUAGUAAUGUGCAGGUUAAUAGCACACAUCCUCAUAGUGCUGACGAUGUGAAAGAUGCAGCUCAAGGAGCUCCUGCUCCUACUGGUGUUCAAACUGGUUCUAGAAAUGGUCUUAAUGAUAUUCCUAUCAAAACAUCUGUUUCAGAUCAAUCUGUUGUUAGUUUGAGUGAUCUUUCCUUUGACAAGUCAGACGUGCCUUCUAUGGUUAUAAGGUGCUCAACUGAAUCCAUUGUUGUUAAAGGUCCAGAAACUUUGGAAAACUCAAACAAACAUCAAGCUAGUUCUGUGGUUGAAGAUAUGACUCUAACCCAUGAGGCUGCUACUUUGGAUGAUGCUCCUGUUGAAAACCGAGAUGUGGAGGGUCAAUCUGGGGGAAAUGAAGCUAAGAACCCUAUACCUGAGCCAGUUCUUUCUAGUACAACUGAAUCUGCUGAUAUAGAGCUUGUUCCACAAGAUGGUGGAGCCUUGCUACAAUCCCCGGUGGUUCGAGAUAAGGAGGGUGAUGUUGCUGAGACUCGCCAUAUGGUAGUAGAUCCCUGUGAGACCGAGUUGUCUUCUUUGAAAGACUUUACUGUUGAAUCCGCCAGCUGGGAUUCUGCUUCAGAAGUUGAUGGUGGGAAGCAAUUGUCUGUGGGAGUUCAAACUACCAAGAUUGACAAUGUUGAAGUUUGUGAUCCAGAAGUUAAACCCUCAGAAACACAAUCAUCUGAGCCAGCUAAAACGCCUUUCGAAAUAGCAGUUCCUGUUUCUGAUAGUUUUCAGGACAAGAACAGUGAACGGUCCGGGACAGAUGCUGAUGCAAAAGAGUCUGCAGAGAAAUCUCCUCUUGUGGUUAUGACUUCUAUGACAGAAAGUGUUUGUCCAGUCGUUCAGUGCCAGGCUGCUACAGGACCUGAGAACCUUUCAGUUCCUAGACAGCUUUCCCGUGAAAUUUCAAUGACUCAGAGCAGCAUGGAGGUUGAUUGUAAAGAUAAUCAUAGUGCUAUUGAAAUAGAUUGUGAAUCCACCAUUCACUCUACAAAAGCCAGCGAUGCUUGUAAUGGUUCUAGAGUCGUCCCACCUACUUCUGUUGUGAUGGAGCCUAAAGUGGCCAGCUCUGAAGACAAAGAAAAACCUUCCUUGGAAUCUUCGUAUUCAGCUUCGCUUGAUGUUAGUUCUUCGAGGGCUCAUGUUGCUAGUGAGUCUUCUGGAGUGACUGCAGUAGUUCCCUUGAGUUCAGACCAUUCAGUUGCUAGAUCUCUUCCUGAUCAGAUUGCAAUUCCAUCUGAAUGCGACAUGGAACCUUCUGCUAUAGAGUCAGAAUCUUCUUUUAAUGUCGAAAGUGCUGAAGCUGCACUGAAUGCAACUAAAUUGCUUGAUGUUACCGACCAUCCAGAAGAGUCUUUACCUAUUACUGCCUGUCCAGAUAAGUCAGGUACAGUGGACAGACCUGUUAUGGUUGAGAAAUUUUCCGAAUGCGAAUUAGAACCUUCUUCAGAUAAGUUGGGUUCAGUGGAGGCACCUGCUAUGGUUGAGAAUAAUUCUGAACUUGAAGCAGGCACUCCUUUGAAAUCACAUCCAGAACCCUCUGUCCUCGAUGUUGAAAACCUUCAAAGUGCCGCAAUGUCCACAAAACCUGAUGUUGAUGAUGCUCCUCUUGUGACUUCAAAUAUUUCUCCAAGUCCUGUUUGUUCAGUCAUGGUGGAGCUUCCUGCUAUUACUGAGAAUGAACUGGGAAAGGAAACAAAACCAUUUAGCGGGAAUGAAAAUAUUACUCCAAGUCCUGUCCACUUGUUUGCUUCUGAUUCUACUAAUAGGGAACUUACUCCAACAGAUGAUGAGUUGCAACAGUCAUCAGCUGCUGAAAGGGUAGAUGCUAAGUCUGUUGAUGUUAGCAAUGAAGUAGAGCCCACUGCACAACCAGCAUCUUCUCAGGAUUUUGCUGCUGAAGCUUCUAAUGAAGAUUUUGCACCUGAGAACCAUGGUGAGGCGAAGGUGUCUCCAGGAAUUAAGAGUGUAGGGGAUGGUCAUGUUGAAAGGGAUGUUGACCCUCUGGAGCUGGAAGCAUCCGUGGAUGAAGAUAUUGCUGCUGUGCCAUCCAGCAUGGAGCUUGUUCCUGGAGAUCAGAGUGAAGUGCAUGUUCAAGCAGGAGUUGCAGGUUGCGAAGGUGAUGAUGGUAUUCAGGGCAGAGACAUGGAAGUUGACCCCUUGGAAACACUUGCAACUUCAUCAGAAGUUGCCGCCAAGGACCCCCCUAUGGGAGAACAUGUUCAAAAUGAUCAGUCUCAAGAGCUCCUAGGAACUGAAAAGACAGAGGCUGACCAGCUUGAGGCUUCUAUUAUUGAACCAAACUCCUCAGAAGCUCAGAAAUCUUUACCGCAAUCUGGCAAUACUGAUGAUGAAGAGCAGCUUGCUCAGAGGCCUGAGGUUGACCUUGUUGAGGCCUGCAAUGAGGAAUCUAAUCUUGCAGAAGGACCAUCCUCGGCACAAGCCAUCUCUGAUGAAUCAAUCAGGCCUGAGAAUGAUCCAGGGCUUACACAUGCAUCUUCACUGCAAUCUGAAAAGUCUGAGGUUCAUCAGGUUGAGACCUGCAAUAUGGAAUCGAAUCCCACAGGGCCAUCCUCAUCACAAGUCAUCUCUAAUGAAUCUACCAAUCCAGAGCUUACACAAAACGAGCUCCAAUCUGAAGAUCCCGCCGAGGCUUCUCAGUCACCCAAGACUGAAACUGUUGAUGUCUCUGAUAUGGACAUACACCUUAAAGAAACAAAAGAUCCUUCACCUGAACUGGAAGAUGAUGCUAAAGUUUCUGUGCAGCCUAAUGUUGUCUUGGAUAUGGAAAUAGACACCGAACAAACAAAUAUUCCAUCACAGAGCACGGAUGGAACUAUUGCAUAGAUCAACAAAGAUGGAAGGGUUGGCCUUACAGGGUUUGCCAAAACUAGAUCAUUAUUUCAAAAUUUGUAGAUAUUUUAUUCUAAUCCUUUUAUCUUAAUAGUUGUAAAUACCCUUACUUUUUGAGAAUUAGAAAAUAGAUGUUUACUCAACUGUCUUCUCCGAUGGUGGGUGAGAAGUAUUAUGAAGUAACGAUCUGCUGAUCUAAUUCCGUGUUUUCUGUA